UCAGAACAUCAAGGGACAUCAAUUAAGGAACCUAGUUAUAUUGUUCUUUCCAGUCCCUCUGCAUAUAAAAAGAGCAUGAUGAACUCCAAAGUCAUAUGUACUGAAAUUGUAGUAAAUGGAGGACAUCAAUCAACCAACAAGACCUGACGAAAUUUCUUUCUUCAGUUAUCUUCAUUCACUCGCCAGAACGCCUCAUAGGCUUAGGAAGAGAAUGUUAGCUACAUGGACACCAGACCAAGAACUUAAUCAGCUGAGGCUAAGGUCUGGUGCAAAUAUGAAGAGAAAACUCAUGUGGUAUGAUUUGGUAGCUCUCGGAGUUGGAGGUAUGCUUGGUGCUGGAGUUUUUGUCACAACUGGUCGUGUGGCCCGAAGUAAUUCUGGUCCUUCUGUUUUCUUAUCCUAUAUUAUUGCCGGUGUAUCAGCUCUGCUGUCUUCUUUGUGCUAUACCGAGUUCUCAGUACAGAUUCCAGUUGCUGGUGGUGCCUUUAGUUAUCUAAGGGUGACCUUUGGAGAGUUCGUAGGUUAUUUUGCUGGGGCAAAUAUAUUGAUGGAGUAUGUUCUCUCAAAUGCUGCUGUGGCAAGAAGUUUUACGGAGUAUUUGUGCUGUGUAUUUGGAGAAAAUGAUCCCAACUCAUGGCGAGUUGAGGUGAACGGACUGGUGAAAGGCUACAACAUGUUGGACUUCCCAGCUGUUGCUCUAGUCAUACUUCUCACUCUUUGUCUAUGCCACAGUACCAAGGAGAGCUCCAUGAUAAACCUUGUAAUGACAGUCUUCCAUGUGAUCUUCUUCGGGUUUAUUAUAAUUGCUGGUUUCUGCAAUGGAUCUUCUGAGAACUUGGUGAAGCCUGGAGGUUUGGCUCCUUAUGGUGUAAAAGGUGUUCUUGAUGGUGCUGCAAUCGUUUAUUUUAGCUAUAUCGGCUAUGACUCUGUUUCAACCUUGGCAGAAGAGAUUAAGAACCCUUCAAAGAGUCUUCCAGUGGGCAUUGUGGGUUCAGUCCUCAUUGUUUCUGUUCUUUAUUGUCUAAUGGCAUUGGCAUUGUGUAUGAUGGUUCCUUAUGACAAGAUAUCAGAUAGUGCAUCUUUUUCAAUCGCCUUCCAAACGAAAGGUUGGAAAUGGGCUGGCAAUGUUGUUGGAGCUGGUGCAAGCCUCGGGAUUAUUGCUUCUCUUCUGGUUGCCAUGCUUGGCCAAGCUAGGUAUCUUUGCGUUAUUGGAAGGGCGAGACUUGUUCCAUCCUGGUUUGCCAAGGUUCAUCCUUCAACAGGCACCCCACUGAAUGCAACCAUCACCUUAGGAGUUUGUCAAGCAACAAUUGCACUUUUUACUGAACUAAACAUUGUAAUUGAAAUGAUCUCCAUUGGCACACUCUUGGUGUUCUACUUAGUGGCAAAUGCACUUAUCUAUCGUCGUUAUGUGAUUAGUAACAACAAUCUACCACUGCACACUCUCCUCUACCUCUUCAUACUCUCAUGCAUCUCACUUGGCCUCUCGUUACUCUGGAAACUCAAUCAACAGUGGUGGAGUAUGGUACUGUGUGGCGUUUCCAUGAUCAUAGUCACCGCCAUUUUCCAGUACAUUGUCCCCUGUGUACCAAGGUCAUCGGAAUGGUCAGUUCCCUUUAUGCCAUGGCCAGCAGCUAUAUCAAUCUUCCUCAAUGUGUUCCUCAUGACUACACUACCAAAACUGUCAUACCAGAGGUUUGGCAUAUGGGCUUGCCUGAUAACAUUGUUCUAUGUGUUGUAUGGAGUUCAUUCAACAUACCAAGGAGAGGAUCUGGAGGAGGCUAGUGUUGAUGGAGUAACUCUAAACUCAUCUAACCAAACCAAAGUGGAGAUCCAAGUUCAUUAGCUAAGAACUUGUUGAAAAACAACUUAUUCAUGAAAGCAGUUGUUUCAAAUUUCAAUGGUGUACCUUCUUUGGUGAAACAAUUAGAAUAUAUCCUUUUAUACAAGACAUAGGAAAAAAGUGAUCUCCCAAGGAAUAAUUAAGGGGUCAUUUGGUU